AUGUCACACUAUUCAAUCAAUCUUGGAUCACCAAUCUAUUGUGUGGUGUUUAUUGAGAACGAUCAAAUUGUUUUAGGUGGUGGUGGUGGUUCAUCAAAAAGUGGAAUAGCCAAUAAACUUUGGUACAUCAAAAUCAAACCAAACUCUAAAGAAUUUUCAAUCUUACACGAAUAUGGGCUACCUAUCGGUUCUGAUGCUCCAAUGAGUAUAGACUUUGAUCGAUCAACUAGUUUAAUCCUUUCAGGUAUUAAUUCACCUCCAACCGAUUUGAAAGUAGGUCGAAAUCAACAUUUACGUACAUUUAAACUCAAAGAUUCUUUACUUGAACUUAAAGAAACGUAUCAGAUAUUAGACUUUGAUCAAACUGGAAAUGAUUAUCAACGGAUCAAUUGUUUAUCAAGAGCUUCACCUCAGUUACUCGCUGUAGGUGGUAGUAAUAACCAACUCAAACUAUUAUCUUAUCCAUCUCUGAAACCAGCAAUCUCAAGCCCGAUCCCAUGUCCAGCUGGUGAACUUUUAACUGCAGAUUUCUCAGAAGAUGGUACACACUUUCUUAUAUGCUCAAGUCAAGCUGUACGAAUCUUUUCGAUCAUCUUUCCUUCGGGUUCAAAAGAAAAGAAAAAAGAAAUCCAACUUAAACAAUUACACGAGUUAAUCCCACCUCAAGCUCAUCUAUCUACAUCUUUUCGUAGUGCAAAGUUCGGACGUGGUCCAACGUCUGAAAAUGUUUAUACAAUCUUAAAUCCACAGGAUAGAAAAAAAGGUGCUAAAGUGAUCAAUUGGAAUUGGACAGAUGGAUCUUUAAGAAAAUCAAGAUCGAUUAGUACUAGACCGGUCACUGCAUUUGAUUUAAGUGAAACAGGUCUACUUUUAGGACUUUCGAGUAGUGAUCUAACCGUUUCGAUCAUUGAUAGUUUGUCUCUUAGACCUAUUUUAUCGGUCUUACAUGCUCAUGAAUUUCCAGUGACUUCUUUAAGAUUUUCAAUGGAUUCUAGUAGAUUGAUUAGUGCUUCUGCUGAUACAACUAUUAGAGUGAUUGAAAUUCCAGAAAGAAGAAGUCCUUGGAGAUCUUCAGCUUCGAUUUUGUUAUUGAUGACGAUCUUAAUGGUAUUGAUUUCAUGGGGGUUAAAUCAAAGUUCAUUAAGUUUGGAUCAGCUUGUGGAUUUGUUUAUGGAAAAGUUAAAUUCGAUUUCUUUAUCAUCUUGA